AUGGACGCCGAGUGCCGACGCGCGGGCCUGGCCCCUUCGGCGCUCUCGCGGUGGCCCACCUUCACCUCCUUCGACUUCAAGGCGGCAUUCCCGUCGCUCUUCCGGCGAUGGAUGGAACGCUGCCUCCCGCGCUACGGGAUCCCACGCGGCUACAUCAACAUCAUCAGCGCCUUGUACAUGAAUUGCGUUGCGCUGGCCACGUGCUGCGGGCCGGCUGAGAGCGGUGCCUUCUGCUUCUUGUUCGCGCUUCUCGGCGGCGUGAUGCAGGGCUGCCCCCUCAGUGGUACGCUCUGGUGCGUCUCCAUGGACCCGGUCGUGAGGGCCCUGCUGGUCGCGGUCGGCGACGAGGGGUUGCUGUCCGCCUGCGCGGACGACGUGGGCAUGCUGCUGCUGCGGCUGGCGAGGAUGGCCCAGGUGGCGGAGGUCUUCACCCUGGUGCAGAAGCUCGCGAACCUCACACUGGCGGUCAAAAAGUGCGUCAUGCAUCUGCUGCUGCACAAGGUCCUGCGCAUCCCGCCCUCCACUUUUCGCAAGGCGGACCUGCUGGCCCUGACGAACUGGCUGCAGUCUCCGGCGCCUGCAGCGCUCCAGGCGUAUGCGCUGUCCGUCCGCUGGCGCGCGGCCACAGCCACGGUUACGGGAUGGCGGACGGCCCUGCAGAGGCUCGCCGCCGAGGCCGAAGAGCAACUCCCGGUGACGAGAUGGCGGGCGGGCGACUUCUCCCCGCCUUUCUGGGCUCUUCCGCGCGCAAUUGCGCAGGAAUGCGCGAGCUUGGUGGCGGGGGAGGCGCAGUUGCAAGUUCCCGCGCGGCGGCUCCAGACAGCCAUCGCCGCGGCGGAGACGGAGAAGCGGACGGCUGCGAUGAUGAUCCGGAACCCCAGCUCCAGACGUUCCUUGGUGACGACCCUGCGGAAGCGGCUCCGUGCCUGGGGCCUUGGCGUGCCUCCCGCCCUGGAGGCUCGCUGGCACUACCUCGUGUGCAGGCGGCUAUGGCAUUGGGUGGCCCUGCCGCGCUCCUUCCUGCCGGGGCCGCUUGGCCGCCUCGGGCUUGGCAGUGCGGCCGAGCAUGCGGGCGAAUGGUCCCGGGGGACUGCCCUUCGGGGGGUCGUGCUGGCUUUCCACAUCUACCACCUGCACAAGAAGUUCUUUGACAAGCACGGCCGUGUCGUCCCCUUCGACGCGGCUUCGGGGAUCCGGCUCGCGGCCCUACAUCGACUCCGCGACCGCCGAGUGCCCGCUGCGGCGUCGGCGCAGUCGUCCUCGGCUGCGGCUGCCCCCCAGCCGCCUGCCCAGCGCGACGCGCCGCCCAGACCCGGCGGCUCUGGCAGCGGCCCCAGCGUGCACGAGACAAAAGCGUUACCUCUGGAAGGCGCCCUGGGCGCGGGUGCGGAGGGCGCCCUGGAGUCGGAUUUCUCCGCCGCCUCCUUCGUCACCGCGUUCAAUUCCGUCCUCGGCGCUUUCGUCUACCCCGUGCGGUCUGGCAGUAGGCUGCACAGGGGGCGCUGGCCCUCGAUCUUCAAAUCUGGCGCGGUCCCAGAGCACCUCGCCGGCUGUGACACUGACAUCAGCUCCAGAGGCCUCCUGGAUGGGGAUACCGACAGCUUCGCGACGUUAGGGGGUAGCUACAACAGCUCGGCGGCGUCCACGCCCAACGCGGAGCCCGGGGCCAUGCGUGAGGCCGACUUCGAGUUCUUGCAGUGCAUCGGCUCAGGCACCUUCGGGCACGUGUACCUCGUGCGGAAGCGCAGCGACGAGCAGCGGAGGCUCCUGGCCAUGAAGGUCCUGAAGAAGAGCCGCGUGGCGGACACGAGGCAUCGUGUCGCCGCCGCCGUCCUCGUGGAGUCGGUCAUGUGUGCCGGGUUUGCUCUGGUGCUUCAGGAAUUAAAUAUGAUCGACGACUAUUAG